AUGAUUUUGACGCAAGAAUCCGUCCUUUCUCUGCUGAUAGCGGAGGGGGGGCAAGUGAAGAAAUCCGACUUGGUGGGUAAGUUCAAAGACUCCAUAAACUGCGAAGAUUCCGCAGAGAAAGAACAGAACAAGGAGCUUUUCAAGACUUUCGUUAACAAUGUCGCUUUCGUCAAAGAAAUCGACGGUGUCCGGUACGUUGUCGUCAGGAAAAAGUAUCAGCACUUCCUGGACGGUGCCCAGACUGAACAGAUCCGUGUGGAGAAGGGUGAAAAUAAAGAGAUCCCGCGGACAGGUGAGCAGCAGCGCCCACCUGUGAAGGGUGAGGAGACUGGAGGCUCUGAGGAGGCAGCAGGAGGGGAGAGAUCAGCUGUUUCCGAUCCUGAUCAAGAAGAGAAAAGUGAAUUAAGUGACAAUCCUACCGAAAUAGUUUAUUCUAUACAGCAGGUACUGCAAAGAAGCAAAUUUACGAGUGUUAGAGUUAAAAGAGGGCUAAACUUUGAGAUCCAGAAGCAGGAAACAAAUGAAGAUUCAAGAGGAAGCAGGGUAAAUGAGCCCACCAGGAUCCAGAGCAAACCAUAUGCCUCACCUCUGAGGAUGCCACCCAGCACUACAAUGGUGGAGAUCCGAAAACUAAAAUUAGACCCAGAUGAUCCUCCUAAAAGCCCGAAGCUGGACUCCUUCAGGAACAAGAGAAGUUCAGCGGAGACGGACAGUAGCAUUAGCUCGCCCCAGCUGAGGAGGUCAGUGAAGAGCACCAAGGCGUCAGAGGAUCAGGAGACAAGGGGCCCCUCUCUGUUUCCCUUGGAGCAAGCUGAGCAUGAAUGGCUGGUCAAGUGUGCCGCCGGCCACUGGAGCCAAGUUUACGGCCUGUUGCUGAGAGACAGCCAACUGGCCGAGAAGAGGGACUUCAUGUCAGGGUUCACCGCUCUGCACUGGGCAGCCAAAUGUGGGAACAGUGAAAUGCUUGUGAAUAUUAUUGACCUAUCCAGGCAAGGAGGAGUGGACAUUGACAUUAAUGCGAAAACACAUGGAGGUUACACUCCGCUGCACAUUGCCGCUUUGCAUGAUCAGGAGUACAUCAUGGCCAUGCUGGUGGGGGAACACGGUGCCAAUCCAAGAAUUAGGGACAACUGCGGAAAGAAGGCCUACCACUAUCUGCACGGGGGCAUCUCUGAGACUGUGAGAGAGAUGCUGGGUGAACCCAAAGUUCAACAGGCUCCGGACAUAGUGCAGAUUGAGAAAGAAGAGCUGGAUCUGUUCCCGGAUCUCUCAAAGGGCCUGCAUUCAAUAAGCCGCCUCUUCAAUCCCAAUGUCAUGGGCACCAAGAAGAAGCACAAGCAGAGGUUAGGAUUUUACUCCCUGAGCGAAGACCCCAUCGAGGAACGAGAAGACAGCAGCUAUAGGCAGAGAGUCAUAUCAGAUGCUUUUAUGUAA